CCAGAUGAGGAAAAUAGAUCCAGAGCUCAGAGGAAGGACUCCUGUACAUCCAGAGCCUGGUGCGAACCUUCAGGGAUGCAUGCUGCUGGUGGGUGGGGCCGUUGCACCCAGUCAUCCGUAUAUUCCACCCUGCUUUCAUCAAGCCUGUGGUCUUGGCUCCAGGUAGACAACAUGCUGGUCCCAGCUUGCACACCUCUGACCCUCAAGUGCAGUCUACCACAGAAGGGCUAUGGUAGAAAUGUCCCUACUAUGUCUCAUCUAGACACUUCUGACUCAUGCGUGGCCAUGUGGCACCUGUUUAGAGCAUGCCGUGUGAUGUUUUCUGGGUGGUCUCCAUCUUUCUGGUGUGUGGACCUGGUACCCACCCAGGCUCAUAUAACAAUGGUUCUCUGUGGGGCUAUAAACAAUUGGGACAUGUUGAGUUCUGUUUGGCUCUUAUCUGAGGUAUUGUUAAAAAUAGUCUUUUUCUCCUGGCUGUGUCUAGACCCUGUUUGGAGUGUCUGAAGUCUGGGACAAAGGACUUUCUGAGAUAUGACUGAGGCCUUAUUUGAGAAAAAUCUGAGUAGUGUUAAAAUCUGUUUAGCUUACAUCAGGGAAGUUAAUUUUAAUAUUUUAAUUAUUUUUACUUUUAUUUAGUGUGUGUACUAUAGAGCAAGGUGGAGGCCAGAGGACAAAUUGCAAGAGUCAGUUCUCUUUUGUCCCAGGAAUCAAACUCAGGUUAUGAGGCUUUGUGGCAAGCACCUAUACCUAUUGAGCCACCUUGCUGACCCCCACAUGAAUUUUUCCCCUCUAAAACUGUUUUCCUAAACACUAUGUUUUAUUUUCACAGUGUAGCUCUGGCUAGCCUAGAAUUUAUUAUGCAGACUAGGCUGGUCUAAAGCUCAUAGAAAUCCACCUACCUUUCUCUCCAGAGUACUGGGAUUAAAGGCAUGCUCCAUGCCUGGCCCAGAAAUGGACUCUCAAAUCACAUCUGAGACUUAUCAGUUGAGUGUGCUGAGGUGUGUUUAGCCAUCUGUGUCGCAGUUAGGUCAGGUCAUAUGUGCUUCAGUCAUGUUAGCCAAUGCGUGUCUAUGUCAUAUGACUGUGUCAGGAGAUGUCAGCAGAUGCUGGGAGGACAGAAACAUUUGGUCUCUGUAAAGGCCUGCAGAGUGUGAUGCUGUACUCAGCAAGGUAAACAGGUUAGACCAUGUAGUAGCCGUAUGAAGGUGUGCUGCUGUGUGUAUGUCAUAUGUCAGGCUGAGCCUUCUCUAUCUAGUGCUGUUUGGCCCUCUUGUCUCCCUCUGUCCCUGCCCCCAAAUCUACCAUGUGGACUUAGAGGGAGGGGAGUACACAGAUACCAGGCUGAGGGCCCCAUUUCUCCCAUGCCCUCCCUCCUGCCAUGGCUCCUGACGGUCCUUGUUCACACCAGCUUUAGUUGCCCCCAAGGACACAGUCUUCUACCGUUUCCUGAAGCCGUGGCUAGGGGAUGGCCUCUUGAUGAGUACUGGUGACAAGUGGAGCCGCCACCGUCGCAUGCUGACACCUGCCUUCCAUUUCAACAUCCUGAAGCCCUAUGUGAAGGUUUUUAAUGACAGCACCAACAUCAUGCACGCCAAGUGGCAGCGCCUGGCCUCCAAGGGCAGUGCCUAUUUGAACAUGUUUGAACACAUCAGCCUCAUGACCCUGGACAGUCUGCAGAAGUGUGUUUUCAGCUUUGACAGCAAUUGCCAGGAGAAGCCUAGUGAAUACAUCACUGCCAUCUUAGAACUUAGUACCUUAGUGGCCAGAAGGCACCAGAGGCUGCUUCUGCACGUGGACCUGUUUUAUUACCUCACCCAUGAUGGGAUGCGCUUCCGGAAGGCCUGCCGUCUAGUGCAUGACUUCACUGAUGCUGUCAUCCGGGAGCGGCGCCGCACCCUCCUUGAUCAGGGUGGUGUUGAUGUCCUCAAGGCCAAGGCCAAGGCCAAGACUUUGGACUUCAUUGACGUGCUGCUGCUGAGCAAGGAUGAACAUGGAAAGGCUCUGUCUGAUGAGGACAUCCGAGCGGAGGCUGACACCUUCAUGUUUGGAGGCCAUGACACCACGGCCAGUGGACUUUCCUGGAUCCUGUACAACCUGGCAAGACACCCAGAAUACCAGGAGCGCUGCCGGCAGGAGGUGCGGGAGCUCCUGAGGGACCGCGAGCCUGAGGAGAUUGAAUGGGACGACCUGGCCCAGCUGCCAUUCCUCACCAUGUGCAUUAAGGAGAGCCUACGGCUGCAUCCUCCCGUCACUGCAAUCUCCCGAUGCUGCACUCAGGACAUUGUGCUCCCAGAUGGUCGGGUCAUCCCUAAAGGUGUCAUAAGCCGAAUAAGUAUUUUCGGGACACAUCACAAUCCAGCUGUGUGGCCAGACCCGGAGGUCUAUGACCCCUUCCGCUUUGAUGCCGACAACGUCAAGGGCAGGUCACCCCUGGCUUUUAUUCCCUUCUCGGCUGGGCCCAGGAACUGCAUAGGACAGACUUUCGCCAUGAGCGAGAUGAAAGUAGCUCUGGCGCUGACUCUGCUGCGCUUCCGCGUUCUGCCGGAUGACAAGGAGCCCCGCAGGAAGCCGGAGCUGAUCCUGCGCGCAGAAGGCGGGCUGUGGCUGAAAGUGGAGCCGCUCAGCGCAGGCGCGCAGUGAUCUCUGAGCUGGCGUGGGACUCUCCUAUCCAUCCACCCACCUGUGCCUUUCCAGGAAUAAAAUUUUCUUGUCACCUUG